AUGAGAGAUGGCUAUGUAUAUGCAGCAGUAUACGAAGCUGCUGAAAAUGGGAUUGUUGAACUCGUUGUUUCUCUAAUUAAAACCAAACCAGAUUUAUUGUUCAGAAGGAGCUCCGGAAGGAACAUAUUUCAUUAUGCUGUUGAAUGCCGUCAAGAAAAAGUUUAUAGCCUUAUAUACGGUGUUGGUAAAAGAAAUCUCAUUACGACUUUCUUAGAUGAAUCCGACAACGGCAUGCUACAUUGUGCGGGGAUGUUAUCUCCAUCGGCAAAGGAAAAUCUUGAUCGUAUUUCAGGUGCAGCCUUGCAAAUGCAGAGAGAAAGGCAAUGGUACAAGUUUUCGUUCGAUGAAAUGCACGAGGUAGAGAGUAGUGUGGUUCAACUUUCAGCAAUCUCAACUAAAAAUAAAGAUGGUUUGACACCCCCUGAAUUAUUUACCAAGAACCACGAGAAAUUGCACAAGGAAGGAGAAAAGUGGAUGAAAGGCACAGCAACUUCUUAUACAGUUGUCAGUACCCUCAUUAUUACAAUCAUGUUUGCUGCAGCAUUCAUAGUUCCUGGUGGAAACAACCAAGAAACAGGGUUUCCAAUAUUCUUAAACGAAAAGCUAUUUGUAGUUUUUGUAGUUUCAGAUGCUAUUUCGCUCUUUUCUUCCGCAACUUCAGCCUUGAUGUUUCUCGGCAUUCUUACGUUGCGUUAUGCUGAAGAUGAUUUCCUCACAUCUUUACCCACAAAGAUGAUAAUAGGCCUUUCCAUACUCUUCAUCUCCAUCGCGACCAUGAUGGUUGCCUUUUCUUCUGCCUUAUUCAUCAUGCUUCAGGACAAACCAUGGAUUACUUAUCCAAUCAUUUUCCUUGCUGGUGCUCCCGUCAUUUUAUUUAUUUGGAUGCAAUCUCCCCUUCUUGUUGAGAUUUUCGUGUCUACUUUUGGCAAAGGAAUAUUCGAUAGGAAAGUCAAACACUGGAUAUAA